GUGUAUAAAAGUGGGCUUGGAUUUGUGUCCAUUUUCUUCCUCAGCCUGAAUCUUUGUGGUGGCACGUGGCUACUGGAUCAGAGAGAUGUUUGCAGGGCUGCUUCUUUUGGUGGCCAGUUGCAUCCUGGGAGCCCAAGCAAACUGGACUGAGGUCAUAAAAAAUGGAAAUUCCAAGCUAACAACAGCACUCAAACACAAGAAUUUCGAAACGAUUUCAAAAACGUAUGCCCCCGCAAGCGAUUUCACAUUCAUCCAAGGCGGCAAGACAUUGGUGAUGUCUCUGAAUAACCAGGAUACUGCGGACUGGUUCCGUUCCAUGUCUGACAAAGGUAUCGUGGACCUCGAUCUUACGACGAUGGCUAUCACUAACCUUGGAGAUGUGGCCAAUGAGCGGGGCCGAUACAAACUCAGUCGGGCGAAUGGCAGUGUGGCUUACUCCGGAGUAUAUCUGACCAGUUGGUAUCUCAAGAACGGCAAGCUUCAAAUAACCAUGGCAAUGUGGACAUAGGGACUCCUCUCCAGCCACACCCCUAGCCAUUAGCCUUAAGUCAACGUCAUAAGAACCAGCCAGACUCACCUACCUGUAGCAUGGAAUGGACAAAAGGCGUAAAGCGGCCGUAUGCGGAAUUUAACACGUGCCGUAUCUUCACGUAAUUGGCUUUCUUCAGCAUAAUCCUUUGUCUCUUUUCUAUAGCUUUUCUGGAUGUGUCAUAAAUUUGGGUGUAAUUAUUUCUGGUCUCGAAAACAAAACUGAUCACAUGUAGGCCUACAGGUGUGAAAAAGUUUUUAACACGAUAUGAUAGAAAUGGAGCGUAUAACCAUCAUAUACAUUCUUCAUUUCAUUCAUUGAUUUCGGAAAACCCCAUCAUAUUUAUGAAGCUCAGUAACUUAAAAAAAUAAUCAGUAUGAAAAUAAAACAACUUAGUUCAAAGUACAUAUAUUUCAUUUAUGCUGUAGUUAGACAUUUUUGAUUUCAAAAAGAUUUUCCAUGUAUUUGUUGCCAAAAGUGUAAACAUUUUUUACAAAACGUCCAUAGCCUAUGUUCAAGCUGCUUUCUGACUUUUGACAUCUACAAUCAUCACGUUGAUUAUUAAUAAAACAUAACCAUUUACCCUU